CUUACCAUAACCAAUUUUAUUCACAACUUCUCCCUCAAAAAAUACAUAAGCUAAGAUCAUAUCAUAGAAUAAAAUCAUGGGUUUUUUUAGUAGUGUUAUUCCACUAACAUUGCUCCUAACUUUCUCACUAUGUUCAUCUUUAGCAUAUUCAAAUGAUGUCCAAGCUAAUUUUCUUCAUUGUCUUUCUAAGAACAUUAGUCCACCCAACCCAUUUCCUACAUCAUGUUUCACUCCUAACAAUAAUUCCUUCACUGCUAUACUCAACUCGACCGCGAAUAACUUAAGGUAUUUGUUACCUUCAGUUGAAAAACCACAGCUGAUCUACAUGCCCUUAGAUGAAUCCCAUGUACAAGCUGCUGUUGUAUGUGCCAAAAAGCUUGGGAUUCAGCUAAGGGUACGUAGUGGGGGGCACGACUAUGAGGGUGUUUCUUAUGCCUCUGAGAUGGGUGAUCCAUUUGUUGUUAUUGACAUGUCGAAAUUGCGGUCUGUUAUAGUUGAUAUCGACGAUAACAGUGCGUGGGCUGAGGCUGGGGCUACGACUGGGGAGCUUUACUAUAGGAUAUCUGAGCAGAGUAAGGUGCACGGAUUUCCUGCAGGACUGUGCACCAGUUUGGGUAUAGGUGGUCAUAUUACUGGUGGAGCUUAUGGCUCUAUGAUGAGAAAAUAUGGUCUAGGAGUUGAUAAUGUGAUUGAUGUUCGGUUGGUGGAUCCUAACGGGAAGAUCCUCGACCGAGCAUCAAUGGGGGAGGACCUGUUUUGGGCUGUCAGAGGUGCUGGUGGUGGUAGUUUUGGGGUAAUUUUAGCAUGGAAGGUUAAACUUGUACCUGUUCCUGAGACUGUAACAACAUUUACAGUCAUAAAAACGUUAGACCAAGGUUUGACAAAGCUCUUGACUAAGUGGCAGCAAGUGGCAGCUGAUAAACUUGAUGAAAAUCUCUUUAUCAGGGUAGAGAUCAUGCCUGGUACAAUCCCCAACACCACUCAGAAGACUGUACAAGCCUUAUUUAACGCGCUGUAUUUAGGCAGCGCGAAUCAAUUGCUUAGGUCCAUGGCCCAAACUUUUCCUGAAUUAGGCCUGACUAAACAAGACUGCAAUGAAAUGAGUUGGAUCGAGUCAGUUGUCUAUAUUGGAGGGUACCCUACCGGGACUAGCACUGAUGUUUUGCUCCAAGCGAAACCUUUGUUUAGGAACUACUUUAAGGCCAAGUCAGAUUUCGUUAGGGAACCAAUCCCUGAGGCCGGGCUUGAAGGACUAUGGAAGAAGUUGAUGGAGGCAGAAAGCUACAUCAUGAUAUGGAAUCCUUAUGGUGGGAUGAUGAGUAGGGUACCAGAGUCUGACACCCCGUUCCCUCAUAGAAAGGGGACUAUCUACAAGAUCCAGUAUGUUGCAACCUGGAUGGAUGGUGAGGUUAGCGCGAAAUCAAGCAUGGCUUGGAUUAGGGACUUGUAUCAAUUUAUGGAGCCUUAUGUGUCUAAGAACCCUAGGGAAGCUUAUGUUAACUAUAGGGAUCUCGAUUUGGGUAUGAACAAGGAUGGUAACACUAAUGUUAAUGAGGCUCGCGCUUGGGGUUUGAAGUAUUACAAGAAUAACUUCGAUAGGUUGGUGAAAAUCAAGACGAAAUUCGAUCCAGAGAACUUCUUUAGGCAUGAGCAGAGUAUUCCUCCACUUUCAUCACCCAAUAGGAAAACGAAAAAGGAUAAAAAAAAUCACUAUCAUAAACUUGGGAAGCAUCACAAGGGGAAGGGGUGCUAGUUAGCGAAAAUUAAGCUUUGCAAUCAUAGUCUCGAGUCUUAUAGUAACUAAUUUAUUCUCUGAUGCUGAGAACAGGUGAUGUGUAUUUCUAAUAACAUAAGAACUGGUAAUUGUUUUUGUUCGUACAAGUCAUUUAGUGUGAUUAGUCAUGUGCAAUAUUGUGCAUAAGCACGCAUACGUCGAGGGCUUGUAGCUUUGUAUGAAGUGUUGUGUUUGCUAAUGAAAUCAAGUUUUUUGUGUGGAAC